GACCGUGCAUGGAAGAGGCAUCAGGAAGAAUUCAAAUCCAAGAAACCGAAGUCGUUGGACUGGAAUCCAUCUCAAGCACGUCGAGAUGUCGAGACUCUAUGUCUUCAUCUGUACCAUAGAUACUUCGUAAUUCUUCUCCAAUGAGUCGGUGUCCAGACUUCCAAUUCCGACAUGAGCUUUUUCAGAUGACGCAGACCCUCCCCUCUUAUGCAACCAUACGACAUACGACCCUCCGAGAACGAAUCCGCGCCGAAGAUGCGCUCCGAGGUUUAGUGUAAGUCGCGGAACGUCGACUUCUGUCCGCAUGUGGCGGCUUAAACGGAGCCCCGUGAAAAAGAGAAUACCGUGUUUGACUUUCACCAUUUUCGGUCUUGACAAUUCAUUGCUUUUGUUGACGGCAUCGGUUCCCGGCAUGGGCGUGGAUGAAUGCUGAGGCAUGUAGCUGUCCAGAGCUCCAGAGUAUAUGCGCUGAAUCUGACGCGGUGUUUUUUGAGAAACAAGUGAUCGAACACAGGAUAAAAAAUGGUUCUCCUACAUAUCCUUCGGAAACUCCGCAGACAAGAGCACGAACUACGCACCCUAGUUCUAGGACUCGAUAAUGCCGGAAAAACAACCCUAUGCAAGCGCCUCCUUGGCGAGCCUCUGAACGAAAUCGCGGCAACCUUAGGAUUCAACAUAACAACUUUGGAGCACCGAGACUAUAAGAUUAAUUUAUGGGACGUUGGCGGACAAACAUCGUUGAGAUCGUACUGGAGGAACUAUUUCGAGUCAACCGAUGCGAUCGUGUGGGUGGUCGAUUCUGCUGAUCGAAGGAGACUUGACGACUGCGCUAAGGAGCUCCACGAUCUCCUGCAAGAUGAACGGCUGCUUGGAGCGACCUUGCUCGUCCUCGCGAACAAGCAGGACCUAGAUGGUGCUCUCGGACCGGACGAGAUCCGCGAUCAUUUACGGCUCCAUUCGAUAACCACGCACCAUUGGCGGGUUUUCCCCUGUUCGGCUUUCACAUCAGACGAUUCCCUUCUGAAUGCUAUCGACUGGAUGCUCGACGAUGUAGCUUCGCGACUGCUCACGUUGGACUGAUGUGUGAGGCCGCCCACGCGGCGGAGAGGAUUCCGGGGCCCGAUAUCGGCAACCACAUCUUGAGCCUCAUUCUGGAAAAUCGAAGAAGUUUGGUGGACCACAGCCACAGAAUCC